CGACAUGAUUAUGAUUACCUAAACUGGAGAGGUGAUAUUUUCGUUUCAUUUGUGUAUAGUGCACAGGACACGAUAAUAAAAAAUGAUGAUUCAUUGUCUUAGGAAGGGUAUUGCGUCAAAUCUUCAUAAUUUUCGCUCGAAAGUGAAGUUUACGUGCAUAUUUAACUUUUCAAACGUCCCCUUCAAAAACUACUACAAAAUAUUAAAUAUUGAAUUUGAUGCAUCUGCACAAGAAGUUAAAGAAGCAUACUUAAAGUUAUCUAAAACAUACCACCCCGACGUCAACCAGAGCGAAGAUGCAAAACGCAUUUUCCAGGAAAUAACAGAAGCGUAUGCAGUGUUGGGAAGCGUGAAUGAGCGAAAGCAGUAUGACAGUAAUUCACUAGUCUCUAGACUAAAGAAACAACGCCCUACACAGAAACGCGAAGAAAAGGACACUGAUCGUGCAACAUUUGAACAAGUUCACAGAGCUUAUAAGAAAAACCUGAUCGACGAGGAGGAAUUGUUCUCGGAAUGGAGGAGGAUAGAGGACGAAAAGCGUCGAAGACAUUUUGAAGAACAUAUGUACAUGGAUCCGAAUUUCACAGAAGAGAAAAGUGGUAGACUUGACAAUAUAUGGAAGGACAUUUGGGACAGAGAUAGAAAGUAUUCUAAAGAGUCUACUAAAAGUAAAAUGAACUUGAUGAUGUUUGGCUGUCAAGUAUUAUUUGCAGCACUGGUUAUUGCACUUAUUUUAGAAAAAGUUGGAUGAAGAAUAUGUAAAUUAUAUUUCACACAAUUAAAGAUACUUUAAUUUAAGAAAAGUAAAUCAACUAUGUAAAUUCAAAGAAUAGGUUUGACUGUUGUGCCAAAGGUUUAGGUAACCAAUUCAAUAAAGCUAAAUACAACUUUA